UAUACAUAUUUUCAAAAAUAUACACGAGAUAAUUAUAGGAGGAUAUUAAAAUAACAAAAUGGUAAACUUUGUAUAUCCCGAGGAGUUGUACUUUUUUGUGGAGAGCAUUCGGGCCUUUAGCGUGCGCGAGGUGGGCGGCGAGAAGUGGCUGGAGGUCCACGAAAUGAUCAUAAAGCUGAGCCAGCAGGCGGCCCUAGAGGCUGCCGAGCAGCGGGAGGAGGAGGUCAAGGAGUUUCUGAUCUCGCGCGACAAGCUGCGUCUCCUAAUAAAUGAGAUGUAUUGCGUAAAUCUGUGGAAGACGCGUGUACUGCCGCAUCUGUUGGAGAUCGAUCCCAAUCCACAGGCCACAUUUCUCAUAUAUACUGUGCUGUAUCAUGAGGCGGCGUCGGUAGCUUUGUUGGACAUGUCUCUCUACCAUCCCAGUGGCUGCGAAUCCUUGCAAGAUUCCGUGCUGGAUCUCGUGGAUUACUGCGCACAGGCUGUGUCGCAGGUCAUUGGCUUGGUGAGCAUGGGCUACCAUGAGAACGAGUCCAAGCUCGAUGUCGAUGAGGCCGUUUUGACCGAGCUGGAGCGCCAGAAGAGAGACCUAACCUAUAAGAUUGGUAUGCGUUGCAUCUCAUUGCUGAACUACAUGGCCGACAAUGCGGAACUCUUCCACUUGGGCGCCACACGCCGCUUGCUGGUGACUCAUGACAUACCCUGGUUGAUGGCUGAUGUGCUCAGCUUUCGUCCCUGGCAGCGUCGCACCAGUAAGGGACUACAGAAAUUCAUCGACGAAAAGUGGACAGCCGUAGAGGAUGCGGCCAAAAUUGUCAAGCCCGAGGCACAGGCUUGGUUCUGUGUGCGCCAACUACUCCUGAAUCCCAAGCUAAUGGCGAACUAUGCCCUCAACGAGGCUCGCUGUCAGCAGCUCUCCAAGCUGCUGGGAUUCAUGCACGACACGCUUUUGGAUCAGUUGCCCGUGCUUAUAGAGCUAAAGCAGUUUCUUAGCCGCCUGACGCUGAGCGGCAAUACGAGUGCCAACAAGGAUCAAAAUCUGCUGCUGGAGGAUGUGCCCAUAAUACAGGAGCAGCUGCUGAAGCAAGCAGAGCUCGAUGGCGGCUUCUACCAAAUAGCACAGGCGCAGGACAGCGUUUUUCUCAGCAAGGACAAGGAGCAAAUUACCGCGCUGGCCACACGCCUGAGUGGGGCCUAUAGCACGGAUCUGUUGUGCGAAUUAGAGCAAAACAUGGCCGAUCUGCAGAUGAAGACGUUGGCCGGCGAGGACAAGGACAGCGGCGCAGGCGGUGAUGCCGAUAGCAAUGCAGAGGCGUCAGAGACGGCAUCAUCCGCCACCCAUAAAUGCGCCACUUGUAAAGACAAGGCCGCCAAAAAGUGUGCCACGUGCAAGCAGGUCUACUAUUGCUCACGCAACUGCCAACUGAAGGACUGGCCACAGCAUAAGGAGGCCUGUCUCGCCAGUAAUUAAUUAUUUACUCUUUUCUUUUGUAACUUCUAUUUAAAGCACGUUUAAUGAACAUUCCAAAAAUCAAA